AUGAUUAAUGCGAUUAGUUCAGUGAUCAGAGCCCAGGCAUCUUCGUACUUAGGCCGAAAAGCAUCUCGGGUCGGAUUCAUCAGGCAGGCCACAACAAUAGUGUCGAGUGAUCCGGGUAGCAAGCACAACAUGGACAAGGCAGAGAAUCCGAACCAGAAAACUGGAACUGGGGAUGUGAUGUCUCAUUCGUUUGGCGAGGGGUAUGCAACUCGCUCCGAUGAAGAAGGAUUUGGAGGGGUAUAUAGCGAUAACCAGAAGCUUCCUAACAAGGUUGAGCAGGACCAGAUGAUCCAUGAGAACAACCCUGCAUAUGACAAGACUCAGGGUAGUGAAGUGAAGGAGAAGGAGAGAGCUCGUCACCAACCCAAUGCAGACUGA